AUGGAGCGCAAAUCAACCACUGAGGAGGAUGCUGGGGAUGCGCCUCCAGCUGAGAAGAGAAACGCCUUCACCGAGCUCCUCUCCUCCCAAAAGAAGCGAUCCAAGCACGCAGCCAACAUUUCUAAGACUCAAUCCCCACGCAGCAACGCAGCUUUCAGCCGAGCCUCUUUCGGCGGACGCGACGGACUAGGCGCAUACAUCUCCAAACCAGAGUCUUACCCAUCGGACGUGGUCGUAUACCACAAUGAAGAUUUCGCGGUAAUCCACGACAAAUUCCCCAAGUCGAGCCUGCAUCUGCUCCUGCUCCCACGCGACCCCACCAAGUCACGCCUGCACCCAUUCGACGCCUUCAAAGACCCCGAAUUCCUCGCGAAGGUGCAAGCCGAGACGCACAAGUUGCGCAAACUAGCCGCGGGCGAACUACGCCGGAGAUACGCCAAGGACUCAGCACAGGAGCAAGCGCGACAGGCUGCACUGGCUGCGGACCCGCCGCCGGACGAGCUGCCACUGGGACGAGACUGGGAGCGGGAGAUUAUGUGUGGCAUCCAUGCGGUGCCUUCAAUGAACCAUCUGCAUGUGCAUGUCAUCUCCGUGGAUCGGUAUAAUGACUGCCUCAAGCAUCGGAAGCACUACAAUAGCUUCUCGACGCCGUUCUUUGUGCCUAUUGAGGACUUUCCACUGGACAAGGAUGAUGUCCGCUGCCAUCCCACGGGCGAGGGAUAUCUGCGCCGGGACUUUGUCUGCUGGCGCUGUGGGAAGGAGUUUGGGAACCGGUUUGUGGAGCUGAAGCAGCACCUCGACCUGGAGUUCAAGGAGUGGAAGAAACUAUAG